AUGGCACAUAAAAUUAAGAUCAUAAAUGCAUCCUUGGUGAACCUGGAGAAUAGAGCAUCUGUUAUUGGAUUAGUUGCAAAAAAUGUUAUGGCUACAACGCAGUACGUCCCUCGUGGAAUUGUAGGGGACAGAGAAACCAACUCAUUCUUAGAUAAAGAUGAAAACAUCGUUGGAAGGAAGGAGGUUGUGUCAAGUAUAAUUACAACCUUGAUCAACUCCAAAAAUCUAGAAAAUGUUUCGAUUAUGGCCAUUGUUGGAAUGCCAGGCCUAGGAAAGACAACUUUGGCUAAGUCAGUUUACAAUGAAUAUGAGAAUAGACACUUUGAUAAGAAAAUAUGGGUGUGCGUAUCUGACACUUUUGACGUACAUUCUAUAUUGAGUCGAAUGCUAGAAUCCCUUAACCCAACAAGGGUUGGGAUCACAAGUCAGGAUGCACUGCUUAAGUGA